AGCAUUUCUUCGUAAUAUUCGCAGUAAGUUUGUACGUGACAUCGUGGUCGCUAGCUUAAGACGUUCACUGAGCUGGUAUUGCUUGUUAGGGUAAGGUGGACAUAAGUAACUUAUGUAUAUCCAACCAAUAAAGCUUAGAUACAAAUCUUAGCAACAUUGUCAACGAAUAUUCGUUGCUGUAAAGUAAAAAUAUCUUGGAUCAUAUUUCUCCGGAUUCCACUUUUCCUAAGUCUCUAUCCAUAUAGCAUCAAAUUCACUAUUGCUUCAUGCAAUUCAGCCUUUUAAAAAAGGCUGGUUAUCACAGCAGUGAUUAUCUUGUGUAUUUCAUCAACUUUCUUUCCUUUACAUUAUUUUAAAAUGGUUGAAUCUGCUCUCAAAUGUGAACAGCCAAAUUGCUUAUUCACUGUGGAAGAAGGGACUCAAUAUAAUGAGUGCGAAAUUUGGCUCCCUCCUGAUGAAGCGUAAGCUAUCUGAUGAUAGUGUUACCAGCCCCCAAAAAGUUAUGAAGGUAUCCAGUAUACCUGAAAUGAAAACAGUAUGUGAUGCUCUUGAAUAUCUGUUUAGUCUAUAUCCUUCUAUGAACUCAAAAAAUCUUGGCCGCCCAAUCGUUUUGAAGUCACAGUUAUACACUCUUGUAAAUAAUCGGAACAAAGUAGAGUCGCAGCUGUCAGAUAUGCAGACAUCUCAGAGAAUACGUUUAUUACACAUAGACGACCAAAUUGACGAUUCCGUUGGUAUAAUGAGAUCUGAUGAUUUUGUAAAUUCUUUCAGAGAUUUUUCUAUUGAUGAGUCAAAGAUUUUAGAACGAUUUGCGGAAUUCACUAGUCAAAAGUAUCAUUAUUUAAGCUUGUGUAAACGUGUUGCAUCGGAGAAUUUUUCGGAUAAUGAGAUAAGCAUUUUAAUACAAAAUGGAGCUUUAACCAUCAAAUCCGAGAACAGUUGGUACAUUUCCACUCCAUAUCUUGGUGCAUUUAUUCGUGCCUACAAAGCUGGUCAACGGGGUUUAUUAACAAUAAUUAAGAAAACGCGAUUCAAAGAAUUAUUGCUAUCUGAGAUUUUCCAUCGAAACCUGGGUAAAGGUGCUUAUCUAGGUCAUAUGUAUCACAUACUCGCUCAUUUAGGAGCUGGAACUUUGAAUUCGGUUCAAACUAGCUCUGGUUUGCUUAUCAGACUGUAA